AUGGACAGAAGAGACACACAGCUGGUUUCUUUGCUGUUGUGCAUCAUCACUCAGGUGUGUGCUAGGCAGGAGGGCGAAGCCUGCACUGACCGACUGCCCUGUGACACCCACCGAGGGCUGCGGUGUGACUACAGCGCCAGCUUCCCUGGAGGGCCGGGGCAGUGUGUUGAUCAGAACGAGCUGGGCUGUGAGAUGAAUGGCAGAAGGCUGGAGGAGGGACAGGUAUUUCAGCCUUCCUGUGCCAAGCUGUGCCGGUGCCUGGGGGGAGGGGUGACCUGCGUGCCGCUGUGCAGCGAUGAUCUGCAGAAGUCCGCUGAUGAGUGCCCCAAUCCUCAGCUGGUGAGGCUACCGGGACGCUGCUGCAAAGAGUGGGUGUGUGACAGCUUUGACAACACCAUUUCCUCAAAUCCGUCAGCAGCAGAGCAAACGCGUCAGGACUACAGCAGAGGGCUGUCCAGGCCGUCGUCUGGCCCAAUCUCCAACUGUAUCGAGUGGACCUCAGACUGGAGUCCCUGUUCCCACAGCUGUGGCCCAGGUGUCUCCACCCGCACCACAAACAGGAACUGGGCUUGUCGCCUGCAGACUGAGACCAGACUGUGCCAGGUCAGGCCAUGCCAGACUCUGCUGCCGGGACUACGACGGCUGCAGCCGGGUUUGGGGGUGUGUGAGAGCAGCUAUGGUUCACCUCUGUCCAUUCAGCUCGAACACCAGGGCUGCUGGAGCACCAGAGCCUACCGUCCCAGGUUCUGUGCCUUGACCUGUUCGGAGGGACGCUGCUGUAACCCCUCCCACACCAGGACAGUGCGGAUGGUUUUCCGCUGCCCCCAAGGCGGGCUCAUCCAGCAGCAGGUGAUGAUGAUCGAGUCCUGCUCCUGCAGCACCUCCACCUGCCACCAACCCCUGGCCACAGCUGCGCGGAGUGUCCUGUCCUGGGUGUGAAGAGCAUGUGCGUCCGGCUACGAGGAAGAUGGGCAGGUCCUGUCUGAGUGAGGGAACUUGAGGAUACACGCGACAAUGUGGAAGUGCAGGAAGUUGAGCCAGUGUUUCAAAAGUAUGGAAAUAUUGCAAUCAGGAUGUGAAACUUGACAUUUGACAGUAGCUGUUGUGAACAGUGUAUCCAGAUGUACCAGUACACAAAUGUGCACUCACAUUUGAAAGUAUGACAUUUUACCCCAUAUCAUUUCAUUUUUAUGCUCCUACAAAUUUUCAUAUCACCACAUCUUAGCAUUUGAAUCCUGUCCACUCUUUGGCAAACUUAAAUUUGUACUGAGAUUAAAAAUAUAUCCAUCCCAGUGCUGGAGGGACACCAACAUACCAGUGUGCACGUGGCAUAAUCUCAGAAAAAACAUGGUGUUACUGACUAUAGAUCCCACAGGUUCCUGAAUAGACAUUUUUAAGCCCACUGUUUGGGUAUAGGGCUCCCAGACCAAUAGAAAACCAGACAUCUCUGCAGUUCCCCUCAGCUCUAUCGAGCAUUUUAGUGACUUUAAGCUAAUUGUUUUUGCUUUUCUGAUUUCCUGAGUUCAGUCUGGUUGCUCUCAUAAACCUGUGCUGUGAACUCACUUUACACAACCGGUUCAGCACCAAACAGCAGUCAAACACAGUUAAUGACUAGCUGGUGAACAAAGUAGAGCAUUUAGCAGCUAACAAGACAUACCUCUAUUGUUCUAAGAAAUUGAUGGAGACCAAAACAGAGAGUAAAUGCUGGACAUUCAUCAGGUCACCUGACACACAUCUCCUAAUGAAUGCUUGUCCUGCUUGGUGUCUGCUGGACGUGUAAAUAUGUAAUUGUUACAGCCACAACAACUUUCUAAGGUGUAUAAGGUAUGUCGGUAUUGUGUUUGCAUCUUCUGCUGCUGCUCUCAAGUGUCAGUGGCCUCAACUGAAGUUAGACUGCUGUCCCCUUCUGUCUUAGCUACUUGUGGAAGUUUGUUGUUUGUUUGCUUGUGUCUUGCUGCCCUUGCAGGCUCACCUGUCAAUCAAACAUAUACCGUACACCAGCUCAUCCAUUCAGAGGAUUGGAGUCUUCACAAAGCAGUCAGUGCUAUCUUUGAGCCAACAUCUAGUGGCCAUUAGAGGUACUACAACGUCAGUCACUUGACUUGAUUCAGCUGCGUUGGUUGCUGCAUGGUGCCACUUUGCUCCCUGCAAAUGUGUGGAUGGUAGGAGAGCAUUCAUGCAAACCCACCAGUCCGAGGUCUCAGCGCAAAUUUGAGUUGGCCAAAGGUUGGACAAAAUUUACAGAUAACUGCACUCUGAUUUGAGAAGAGAGAUGCUUCUAUAGGAGAAAGUGGAACCACUUCUUACACACAAAAUGUAUUUUACAAGUUCACAUAUAUUAGUGCACUUUUAAAAAAAUGUGGGUGUAAAACUGGAUGUAUUUUCAACUUACAGCAAGUUUUCAAUUGUUGUCUAUUUAAACAAGAACACAUUGCCAAACUGACAUGUUUAAAAAAGUGACAGUAUUAAUUUUUUAAAAACUAUAGAAUGAAUAUCUUACUACAAUGACAUCUGGUUAAUUGCAUCUGCUAAAUGCUGCUCCAGACUUCACCUUGUUGUAAAAAGUUAUUUCAUAAUCAGUGUUUGACAAGAGGGAGGGUGCGUGGUUUCAGCA